GAGCCUGAUGAGUCUCCCUGAGACUGUCAUAUACAUAUGAUUGAACCUAAGGACACCCUAAUCUCACAACAGGUGGCUUACCCUUUAGGAAUCACUAGUAAUGAUCAUAUUUACUAGUGUGAGCAAUGAAGCCCGCACAUAUCGGUACAUAACGCGUCAUAUUUAGUGAAUAGCUCAGCUUUCUCGCGAUAUUAGUAAAUAUAAACAUCCUAGGCAUACUGCAACGGCCUACCCUGGUUUCCGUAUCAGAGGCGGUCCAGGGUGGCAGAGGUUUCAGGAUGCUUAUACCUAUCAAAUUGGUUCUUGUUAGCACAACCUGCUUUUUCGUCGCGUGCUGGUGUCUACUAACGGGCAACAACCAAGUUUUGCGUGGUACUGAGUUUAGUAUAGAGCUAAGUGAGAAGAAUACGGUUGACGACCUUGCUAGUUUGUCAAGUGCAAACGAGUGCACGGGCGCUUUGAAUACAAAUAUUGAGGAUGAACAUGUAAAUCAGGAUACAGACUCUGCAGUGCCUGAGAACGUAGGUAGUAACAAGUUGGACGAUGCUUCAACUUCGAACUCCAUCGAUGGUGCAGUGGAUGGAAAGGAAGGGGAGCUACUUGACGUAGACGUUUCUAUGCAGAAUCAGUUCAGCUUUAAGGGCCAAGUAGAACAAGAGGAACAAAUUGAUUCCGGGGACACUCUUGAUUACCCGGAAAAUUGCAGGUGA